AUGCUGAAGGAGUGGUACACUGGAACCUAUAAAAAAAUCGCAAGAAUCAAGCGAACCGAUAUGGGCGCAGAUGGGCUUGAGGAUAUUUUGACAGAGUUUCCUCCAGCAUUUGAGUUUGCCAAACCGCUUUGCAGAGCUCUACGAGACAUUCUUUUCCCGUACGGGGUCAGAGGAAUUAUCGUUGGCACCUCGCAAGACCCAAACCACUUAUACAAUCCCAUUAUCAAGGCGUACGACGAUGCGAUAUACGUGCGCCCUCCCUCGUUGGAGCUUGAAAUUGCGCAGCAGACCAUUUCAUCACAAACCAGAAUAGGCCAUCCCUUUGCAGCCGCUCCAUUGAAGAUACGGCCAAUUGGCCAUAUGAUGAAGCGCACGCUUUCCCUCCACAUUAAACAACUCCAAUUCCCUCCGGCUCAGUCCGCCCCUCCAAUACCGCAAGCAUGA